AUGGCCUUGAAAUCUGCGAUCCGCAAAGUGCGGAGUAAUCCUCACUUCCUCUUCGUGCACCUACCGCACAUCCUCUCUUUUAUCUGCAUCGUCGCCGGCGUUAUAUGGCUCCUCCUUCUCCCUCUCAACGAUUACUCCCGACAGACCUACAUCUCCGAGAACGCGCUCCUGCCGGGUCAAGUCCACGCAUAUUUCUCCGGUAGCGAGCAGCACAUCUUCCGCGGGUACAAGAAAGAGCUAGAGGGGGUGCUUGAAGGACAGACUGGCGAGGGACAGGAAGCGUGGAACGAUGCCUUUACUCCUGCGGUGUCGGAUAAGAUUCAAUCGAUUCUGAAAGCUACCGGUCUCAAAGUUGCUACGCAGAACUACGAAUACACGUCGUCAGGGAUCACGCAUCAGGGUCAGAAUGUCUACGCUAUCAUUCAGGCGCCGCGUGGAGAUGCCACCGAAGCUAUUGUGCUCGUGGCGGCUUGGAAGACGGUGGAGGAUGAGCUGAAUCUAAAUGGUGUUACGCUUGCGCUGACGCUGGCGAGAUACUUUAAGCGGUGGUCGCUGUGGUCGAAGGAUAUCAUCUUCUUAUUCCCGCCGGACAGUAAGGCAGGUACUCAGGCGUGGAUUGACGCAUACCAUGAUAUGCAGCCGGCGUUUGUGCAACCCCUUCCCUUAAAGAGCGGUGCUUUGCAGGGAGGUUUGGUGGUCGAAUAUCCGUUUGACCAUCGGUUCGAGUCCCUGCAUAUUCUCUACGACGGCGUCAAUGGCCAGUUGCCCAAUUUGGAUCUGUUUAACACGGCUAUAUCCAUUACCGGUGGGCAGAUGGGCAUUGGGACCAAUCUGCAAGAGAUGUGGGAUCACGAUGAUAGUUACGAGAUGCGGUUGCAGACCAUCAUGAGAGGAAUGGUGAAGCAGGGCUUUGGCUAUGCCACGGGUCCUCACAGCAGUUUCAUGCCGUAUCACAUUGAUGCUAUCACUCUCCAGACGAAGGGCGAGGGCUGGCAGGAUGAGAUGGCGCUGGGCCGCACAGUCGAGAGUCUUUGCCGCAGUCUGAAUAACCUCCUCGAGCAUCUGCACCAGAGUUUCUUCUUCUACCUUCUCAUGCAGACCAAUCGGUUCGUCAGCAUUGGUACAUACCUCCCCAGCGCGAUGCUGAUUGCCGGUAACUUCACCAUCAUGGCAAUCGCCCUCUGGCUCCGGACAGGCUAUUACCCUGGCUCCCAGCAAGCCUCAAAGUCCACUAAUGAACCAGUUGCAACUACAACUACUGAGAAGCGCGACGACAAGCAAGCACCACCCGCGAAACCAGACACCAGCAACAACAUCAUAGAACGUCAACUGGCCCUCCCACUCACCCUAGUCGUCGGCCUCCACCUCCUCGGUUUAAUUCCCCUCUACAUCUUCAACAACAUCCCCCACCAGUACUACGAAACAGCAACCUACACCAGCAUCCUCGCAAACCUCAUCCUUCCCCUUCUCCUAUCCGCCACCCUAUCGCACACCCUAACCCCCCACCCACAACAAUACCACCUCAUCAAAUCCUUCUCUCUCCUCAUCCUAGGCCUCUUCCUCUCCACCCUCGCAACCCUCAACUUCUCCCUCUCCUUCAUGGUCGGCCUCCUCUGCGCCCCUCUAAGCUUCAUCCAUCGCAUCAACCCGCAAUCCACCUCCCGUCCCCUCAGAUACAUCCUCAGUACGCUGGCUCUGGCGCUACUGAAUGUGCUCUCCCCACCUGUUGUUCUGCUCGCGGCGUGCUGGUACUUCGGGGCUGAUGUCGAGACGGUCUUGACGCAGGCCGCUUUCGGAUGGGAUGUUUGGGGCGUGUGGACGCAGGUCGUUGUUUGGCUGAAUUAUAUUAUAUCAGGCGUUUUUGUCGGAAUUACUUGUUCGUACAUACAUGCAUGGUAA